UCAACAGAAUCCUUAUAAUUUUUUUUGUAUUUCUUUCAGGAAAACCUUCGAGACUUACAUCUUUCCGCACUCGUUAUCAAGGCGUUGAGAAUGAUAGGGUCUUGCAGAAAUUUCCCCCGGGAACUCUCAUCGAGUUAAUCUGUGAAGGGGAAGUUCCUAUGAGAAAUGGAAAAGUUUUCCAGAAUGUAGCACUUUGUCAACACAACGACUACCACAGAUCUAAACCAUUUCAUCUCCAAGAGCCAGCAAUGUACAGGACACAGCAGAUUUCGGGCGAUAAAUGUAUCGGUAACCAAACAACAUCUGCGUUCAUUCAUCUACACGAUGCUCAACUCAAAACAGUAGUCAGCUGUGAAACAGGAUAUCUCGGUACUUUUCCAAAAUGUGGAAAUGGAAGCCAUAGAAAGACCAUAACACUUCAGGCAGAAGAAGAGUUAAACAGUAUCUAUGGUCCGUUUGUUGUGACUAAAGAUGCUAUAGGAGACAGAUCCCUCCUCUCAAUGACAUGCUACACGACGACUGGAACCUUCCAUGCAGAAACAACUCAGCAUAUCAGGUGGUGCAUCAGAACAGGGAAAGACAAACACUUUCAAGUCCUUCCUUUGCAAGAAAAACCGAAGGAGGAAAUUUUCAAGACAUCUUUUGGAAUAAAAUUCAAGAGCAGUGUUCUUUAUCAAUUGUCAAAGAACCUAAAAAAUGUAGAGAUCAUCUGUGAAACUAACUUUUCAAGUGAUUGUGGAUUUGGAUCCGUUCAGGAAAGGGUUUUCCUAAACAAUGACACACACGAUUGCAAUUGGACAAUUAGCUCAAACCGAAGUUCAACGCAAUUUUAUUUGGGAAUUGGUGGAAUGGUUAUAGGAGGUACACUUAUCUUUUUGGCAGUCUUGAUUUUUGUGAAAAAAUGGAACAAGGGUGGUAACAAAGAAAUGUAUAAAGAAGACAAUUCUGCCUCCAAUGAAGGUCCCCAAUGUGUAAAUUCAAUAAAACCAAGCUCAAAAGAAUCAGAGAUUCCUAUACAAAAUGUACAUCAGCAACAGUCUCAAGAACAAUUACUUGAAGAAAUGAUGUUGCCAACAGGAGAAAGUUCAGCUGUACUAAACACCGACAGAGUGCAAUGUGAAUCCAUGUACUCACACAUUAAUGCAGAUAUCUACGACUUGGUCAGUUACAGCAAAACUGAAGAUCACAUCUAUCAAAAACAAGAAGUGGUACUUAAGCAGGUAGAAACAAAUGAGUAA